GUCUCCUCCUCCUCCUCCUCCUCGUCGCGCGAGCGCGAGCUCGCCCGCCGCCUGCGCCGAUCUGCCGCCCGCCGGUGCUGCGUCCUCACCGAAUCGUGAAGGAGCAUUUGGAGGUUGUGGCACGGUUUAAGUUGGAAACAUGUUGUCGAAGAAAAUAGAGUUGGACCACAAGGACAUGGUCCAUGAUUCAGCUAUCGACUACUAUGGCAAGCGCCUUGCGACUGCCUCCUCAGACUCCACUGUCAAGAUUUCUACCAUUGGCGGCAAAUCUGCCCCAUCCCAUCUCCUUGCGACACUCAGUGGGCACUAUGGCCCUGUGUGGUGUGUUGCAUGGGCCCAUCCUAAGUAUGGUACUAUCCUUGCAUCCUGCAGCUAUGAUGGACGUGUGAUCAUUUGGAAGGAGGGUGCUGGUGGUCACUGGUCUCAAGCCCAUGUAUUCGCUGACCACAAGUCCUCUGUCAACUCCAUCGCUUGGGCCCCAUAUGAGGUUGGUCUUUGUCUUGCCUGUGCAUCUUCUGAUGGAACCAUUUCUGUCAUGACUAUGCGAGCUGAUGGGGGAUGGGAUACCGCAAGGAUUGAGCGAGCUCACCCUGUUGGUGUGACAGCAAUCUCCUGGGCUCCAGCAACGGCACUGGGUUCUCUGGCUGGUCCAGGAGAGCUUGUGUAUAAGCUUGUCUCUGGUGGUUUUGACUCAGUUGUUAAGGUCUGGGGAUUUGUCGAUGGUGGCUGGAAACUGGACAGCGCUCUUCCUUCAGAUGUGCACACAGACUGUGUGAGAGAUGUUGCAUGGGCACCAGUGUUGGGCUCAGCUAAGUCGACCAUCGCCAGUGCUUCUCAAGAUGGAAAGGUUGUGAUUUGGACCAGAGGGAAAGCUGGAGAUAAGUGGGAGGGAAAGAUUAUGCAUGACUUUGGAUCCCCUGUUUGGAGGGUUUCUUGGUCCUUGACUGGAAACAUAUUAUCUGUGGCGGCUGGUGAGAACAACAUUACACUGUGGAAGCAAGCAUCAGAUGGACAAUGGGAAGAAGUGAUGAAGGUCGAGCCAACAAAGCCGGAGUCAUCGGAAGAGGUGAAGAAGGUUGAGCAGUAGGGAGAUUAUGUGACAGAUUCAGUUUUCUUGCAUAUUUGCAUUUUGAUAAGUUUCUGCCACACCGUUUUUGCAAGCAUACCGAGGAACAUUCCCAUCGCUUAUUGUUAGUACUUGGUGCCAUUACAUCAGCUGGUUUUAUGCUUUGGAUGGGUUGUGCUUUAGAAUGCAACAUUUUUUUCUGAUUGAUGUACCUAUUCGGUUCUGUAUAUCUUUUAACUUCGUUUCCGUCGUUGUUGAACAUCACAGCUAUUGCAAGUGUUAUCAUGUACUGGAACCUUGGCUUUCCUCUAAUGUUCGUUAUGCUAUGUUAAAUUGCAGCGAGUUGCAGAACCUA